UAUCAUGUCGUUCUCCUUCUAUACAACGGCGCAGGAAGUGGUAGAGUCUUUGAAAGAGAGUCUCAUGGCACUGAAUCCCAAAACUCAUGUUGAAGAUAAAGCCCUUAAGAAAGCUUUAGAGAAAGUUGAAAAGAAUUUUGGAACAAUGAGAACUAUGCUUUCUGAAAAUGGAAUAUAUUCAGAAUCGCUGAAUUUAGAUCGAGUUUCACAGUUUGUCGAAGAAAUAUGCAAGGCGGAUGUUCUUACUCUUGUAAUUCAAAAGCUGCCUAUACUUGGAUGGCAAGCUAGAAAGGAUUUAGUACACUGUUGGUCAAUAUUUUUUAAACAAAAGGUCGUUGACACCAACGAUUAUUCGUGCGUGGAAUACAUCGAACAACACAUUGAAUUACUAGACUUUCUUCUUGUUUGCUAUGAUAAGAAUGGAACUGCGCCGAGCUCUGGCAUAAUGUUGCGGGAAUGCAUCAAAUUUCCUAAUCUUGCAAAAGGCUUAUUGGAAUCUCCAAGAUUUGGGCUGUUCUUUAAAUAUGUAGAUUUGCCUAACUUCGAUGUAGCAUAUGAUGCAUUUUCUACAUUAAAGGAACUUCUCACUAAACAUGUUAAUGUGGUCUCUGAGUAUUUGAAAACUCACUGUGAUGUGUUCUUUGAUCUAUACAAUGAGAAUCUCUUGAAGUCUCCUAAUUAUGCCACAAGGAGAGGGUCUAUAAAUCUUCUCUUGGAUAUUCUUUUGGAAACUUCAAAAGAAACUUCUGAUGCUCGGAUAAUGAAGCGAUACAUCUCACAAGUUCGUUAUUUGAAAGUUGUGAUGACAUUGUUGACAGAUUCAAGUAAAAAAAUUCAGUUAUCAGCUUUCGACAUUUUCAAGUUUUUCGUUGCGAAUCCUAAUAAGCCUCGAGAAGUGAAAAUUAUUCUAUGCAAGAAUAAGGAAAAACUGUUAGAAUUGCUUCAUAAAUUAUCUCUGGUAAAAGAUUCAAAAGAAGAUGAGCAAUUUAAGGAGGAAAAGGAGUAUAUCAUCAAAGAAAUUGAAAGAAUAUCAAUCUAA